AUGAUCUUGGACUUGGGAAUCGCCGGCGGGAUGGUGUGGUCGGUGGAGACAGACGAUUUCCUCGGGAAAUGCGGGUUGGGAAAGAACCCCAUCCUCACCACCAUCUAUAAAGUCCUGAACGGCGGAGACCCAAUCCUACCAACUCCGCCUCCCGCCACGACGGCCAGUCCCGGCGCCUCCAGCAGCACCGCCGCCCCGGCGACCACCGCGCCCCCCAUCGGCCCCUCGGCGCACUGUCCGCAGGAGGGGUAUUUCCCGCGUGGGCAAUGUAGUGCCGAGUACUACUACUGCCAGCCUUAUUUUUACGAAUGGAUCAUCUAUAGCAUGAGCUGCCCUGCCGGACUCGUGUGGCACCAGGAUAAUUGCGUUUAUCCAUCCACUUCCCCAGAAUGCUAUUGAAAUAUCACCAUUUGUCGAGGAAUAAAGUCCAUUAUAUUUGAAA